AAGUAUUUUCUGUGAGUUUCCAAAGGCGGACCCACCCAUCCACCCCACACUCCUUCCGUAGUAGAUUCAAGAAACAAAUUCUCUCAAUUUUGGGCACCUCCCUCACAUCAAAAGUCAAAACCAUCAGCUAUACACGCAUCCCUUGCGCCACCGCCACAACCCACUCCUCCGUCAAUAUGGAAUCGGAGAAAACAAACUUUCAAAGCGUGACGAUAGGAUCAUGUGCAAGACCCUCAUGGUCCAUCCUCUUUCUCCUCUUUACCCUCAUCACCAUCUUCUCCAUUCAGCUCUCCACCACCACUCCCUACCUCUUUCCUCCCAACUGGGCCCUCAUUCGCCCGCAACGACCCGUCCCUUCCUCCUCCGCAUCGGAUCCGAUCACAUGCUCCGGUUUCUUCAGGGCGCUUCCAAAGAGGAAGCUCGUCAUGUCCAUCAAGGACUUCGGCGGCGUCGGCGACGGCAAAACAUCCAAUACCGAAGCCUUCAGGAGAGCCAUUCGCUACAUGCAGCGCUUUCAACACCGUGGUGGGUCCCAGCUUAAUAUCCCUAACGGAACUUGGCUCACCGCUCCCUUCAAUCUCACCUCUGAUUUCACCCUUUUCUUGAACCAAGGUGCUCUUCUUUUGGCCUCUCAGGACGUAAAAGAAUGGCCUAUAAUUGAGCCGUUGCCAUCUUAUGGAAGAGGAAGAGAGAGGUUAGGAGGAAGACAUAUUAGCCUUAUACAUGGAAAUGGCAUCAAGAAUGUUAUCAUCACAGGAGAUAAUGGGACAGUUGAUGGUCAAGGGAAGAUGUGGUGGGAACUUUGGUGGAACAGAACAUUGGAGCACACAAGAGGCCACCUCCUUGAACUAAUUAACUCCGAAAAUGUUCUCAUAUCAAACCUCACCUUUCGAAAUUCUCCUUUUUGGACCAUUCAUCCUGUUUACUGCAGAAAUGUUGUGAUCAAAGGGAUGACAAUCUUGGCUCCUCUUAAUGCCCCAAAUACCGAUGGCAUAGACCCAGACUCAAGCACCAACGUAUGCAUAGAAGAUAACUACAUAGAAAGUGGAGAUGAUCUAGUAGCCAUCAAGAGUGGUUGGGAUCAAUAUGGAAUCACCAUGGCGCAUCCUAGCACAAAUAUCAUAGUGAGGAGAGUCUCAGGCACAACCCCAACUUGUUCCGGAGUUGGAAUAGGCAGUGAGAUGUCCGGAGGAAUUUCGAAUAUCACAAUUGAGGAUCUACAUGUGUGGGAUUCUGCAGCUGGUGUUCGGGUGAAAUCCGAUAAGGGUAGAGGUGGCUAUAUAUCCAAUGUUAGCAUAAGCAACAUAAAAAUGGAAAGAGUGAAGAUACCAAUUAGGUUCAGUAGAGGUUCAAAUGAUCACCCGGAUGAUGGGUGGGAUCCAAAUGCUGUUCCAAGAUUUAAGGACAUCUCUAUAAGCAACAUUGUCAGUGUGAAUUCGACCAAAGCACCGGUUUUAGAAGGUAUAGAGGGGUCAUCAUUUGAAGGCUUAUGCUUCAAGAAUAUCACACUGCAUGGAAUUGCCGCAUCCACAAAAUGGCAUUGUGAAUAUGUAUCUGGUUUUGCCACUAAGGUGUUUCCUGUUCCAUGCCCCGAUUUAAAGAACACUAGCAGUGAUUCAUCAUGGUGUUCACCUUCUUGACAAUGGGUAAAAACCCAACGGUUUUAUACAAAUUACUUGAAGAAGUACGAGACUACGAAUGAGCCUUGCUAAUGCAGAAAUCAGAAUCUUGGUGGAUAAGUAAAAAUGAGCUAAAUUGAAUUGGGAUUUUGAAUGAAGCCUAAUUUAAUCUGACAUCUUCCUUCCAUGGGUGGCAUGGGCACAAGAUCUGAUCGGUGUUUUUUGAGAUUGGAACGUGCAGGGUACCAAUUUUUAUUGGUAUGUGACCCCUUUUUAGCCAUGGUUGGUGGCUGUUGAACGUGGAGUUAGGCUUUGGGGUGUGACCGAUGAAAUGAGUUUUCUGCUAGUGCUGCUUUUUUUUU